GCGCACUAAAUUCCUAAUCUCAAUGCGUAGAACAAUAAUUGAUAAUCACAUAUCGACCAAUUCACUUCAAGUUAUCUUUUCAAAUAUAUUUGUUAAGCAAUGUUACAUCGAGUUGUUUUUUUAGUAGAACGAUUAUCCCGGACAAAAUGUGGUGUCUACAGAGGAUUCUCCACACUCUGCUCACCAGUUCCGUCGUCCCCAGCCUCCAGUCAGGCCAUUUGAUGACGAACAGAGGGCUCAUUGCCCUCUACUCGAUGAGGAGUCCAUUGAUUGCCACCUCUUUUGCCCGGUGCUUGGGGCGGAACAGAGUGGACACUAUGCACAUGGGGGCAUCAUCACGAGGAUCGCCCGCACUUCUAGGUGGAUCUGGCCCGCUGCACCAUCGUCGGAAGGAUGGAGCCCUUCCUAGUGGAGACAUUAUAUAACCAAAAGUUGGUACUCCAUGGCGAGAGAGGAGUGGAGUACCUUGACGGACUCCGACCUUCCGGAGUCAUCCGAGCUGCAGCAGCACCGGCUCGAGUGGAUCCCAACCCCGAGGACCCACCAGCAGCAGAGCAGCCACCUGCUCGUGCACCCAGCCACCGCCGGCACCCAGCGCUCCCACGCGCUGCACAGCAGUCACCACCACCAAGAGCAAGUGAUCCCCUCGUCCAGAGGGUGGAUCACCUUGAGACGAGCUUCAUGGGAUUCUCAUCCCGUCUCGAGCGGUAGUCCGACAUCCUCGAGCUCAUGGCUCGACGACAGGGUAUCCUACCCGAUGAUGGAGAGGGUCCAUCCACCGGAGAGAGGUAGCCGACGAGUGAGACAUGUGACAGAGCGGAGUUCUUUUGCCCCACUUCUCUACUUGUAACCCUGAACUCGUGUUGUUUUGUUUUUGUUAUUUUUCUUCAUUUUGUGUGUGUGUGACAUAAACUACUACUAUGUAUUGUGCUUGUAAUAACCUCGCCUCGAGCGAGUAGUAUUGUGCUUGUGUGUGUUGUUUGUCUCUCCUUGAAGCUCAAUUAUCCUACCCCAGUUCGAUUUCAACUUUCACUCACCAAGCCCAAGCGGUAACGUUACUCUACCCCUUUCUUUUGCCAUUGAGGGCAAUGCCGAGUUUAAGUGUUGAGGGGUAGUCUACUAUUAUGCUUGUUUGAGUGUGAUGUUGCUUGGAGCCUUUUGUAUGCCCAAAUUUCAAAAUUUUGAGGGCUCCAAGCAAUGUUUGCAUGAUCAAAGUGGCCGGAUGGUGGGCAAUUCUCGUGUUUUUGGGCAUUGGUCUUGAAUUGUUGCAUGUGAUCGAGUAUAUCCUGUGAUGAUGACUGAGAAGUUUAUUAGGAUAGGGCAAAUGUUUAGCUCUCAGGUGUGCAUAAAUGAAUGGAUGUCUUGACUUGAUCACUUGUUGCUUACAAUUGCCAUGCAUUGUGUUUGAAAAUUGGAAUAGAUGGUUGGGUAACUAGGUAGCCUGUGAGCUUUGAGCCGAUCGUUUUCUUCCGGUGUGAUAGUUCCCUCUUACCACAGUGUGUAGCAUCACAAGUUGUCACUAGCAAGUAUGAUGGAGGCAUAGGAUGAGUCCACGCCCAAAUGUUGAUUGUCUCAAAAUGUAUCAUCCUUUAGUCAACCCCUUUGAGCACUGUGACUUCGUGGGUCGUUCUCAAUUUAGGAGCUUCGUGCGUCUGAGCAUAAAGGUGUUAGUAGAACGACCCCCAAUCCUUUCUUUGUGCCUAAACAUGAGUCACACAUGUGUUCCGGAGCUCUCACCUUUGAGUCUCCAUAGAGGUUCUACAUAGGAGCUUUGUGUGCGGUUCUUGCUAGGAAUGCGAAAUGAAGUGUAGUGCUGGAGUGAGUUCCUCAAAAAGAGAGAAUUGGUCGUUAAAUGUUUAGGUGGCAAGUGUUUUACUCUCUAGUACCCCCCUCAAAAAGAAAAAAAAAGAGAAAGAAAAGAAAAGAGAAACGAAAAAGAGGUAAUAAAAUAGGGUAAAUAAAGUAGAGAGUGCCACGAAAAACCAAAGUACAUGCUCUAGGAGGGGUUUCUUGGAAACCAAGCCAUCAGAACCCCCACAUUGUUUAGAACUCCUUCACUACCAAACCCGAAAGAGCUAGCAAGAGUUGACCGAGGAAGAGUGCUUCAAGGUAGUUCAUGAUGGGUGAUAGUUGGAAGGGAGAGAUAAGGUUUUUGGCCGAUGCUAGUGGCCUUUGAUUGAAGAGAAGGGUUUUAGUCAAAACCAUAGACCCUUCGUGUUUAGGUUGAAGAUGUAGAACAUCAUGUCAUGAUUGCCACCACCCAAAAAGCCUUUUCCCCAUGUCCGAGCCAAUCACUAGUCAUCUGAACCCGUGUCUAAGACCUCCGGACGAGCUAGUGGUGACAACCAUCCCGUGAACUCUAGCGUUUAGUGGUUACCACCGUGGUAUUGAGAUGAUAGGGGCGAGAGGUUAUUAUUGUGCACAUCUUUUGCACCAAAAAGGUCCCGACCCCACUGGUCUUGAGAGUGAGUGAUCCAUUCUUGUUUUACUUACCAUUUCAUACCCCGUUGAGGACCUUUGUUGCCUUUCCAUUUGUUCCUCGGACUUGAAUUCCAUGCAUGGUUGGUUGUGCUCGAUAAGUGGUUUUGUUGAGACUUGCAUUUAUCCAUGAAUAGGUUGAGAACUUUUCAUUUUUCCGUUUUGGUGGAUUUGAAUGUCGUUUAUGGUGGAUGUCGGUAUGGCUUGCAACAGACAUGUGUUGAUUGUCAAUAAACAUCGAGAAUUCCC